CCUUAAUUUCUUUUCUUAAUUCUUUCAGGAACUUCUAUUACAUCACAAUGCUGAGAGACCCUGUGUCACGGUACUUGAGUGAAUGGAAACAUGUUCAAAGGGGUGCAACAUGGAAGACUUCCCUCCACAUGUGUGACGGGAGGAGCCCGACACCAGAGGAACUGCCUAUGUGUUACCGAGGGGAUGACUGGUCUGGGGUCAGCUUGCAGGAAUUCAUGAAUUGUGGCCAUAAUUUGGCUAACAGUCGGCAGGUGCGCAUGCUGGCAGACCUCAGCCUGGUUGGAUGUUACAAUUUGACCUUUAUGAAUGAAAGUGAAAGAAACAUGAUCCUUCUGCAAAGCGCCAAGAACAACUUGAAAAACAUGGCCUUCUUUGGGCUUACAGAAUUUCAGAGAAAAACUCAAUAUCUCUUUGAGAGGACAUUUAACCUGGAGUUCAUCUCUCCGUUCACUCAGUACAAUAUCACUCGAGCCUCUAAUGUGGAUAUCAGUGAGUCAGUGCGGAAGCGUAUCGAAGAGCUGAACUUCCUGGAUAUGCAGCUGUAUGAAUACGCUAAAGACCUAUUUCUGCAGCGCUUUCAGUAUGCUAAGCAAGAAGAACAUGAACUAAAUCGCCAAAAACGACGAGAGGAGCGAAAAUUUUUGCGUGAACAGAAGGUCCACGAAUGGCAAAAAGAAGAGGAAGCAGAAACACUAGCUGUUACUGAGGAUUACAACAGUCAGGUGGAACGGUGGUGAAUUUCCCUUGUGUGUAUACAUACACACUCACACUAAGAGACACUGAUAUUUCAUUGAACUUAAUCAUUCAACUGUGAAUAGAUAUGUGGGACUCCUAUUGUUCUGAUAAAUGAGAAAGAGUCUCUCAGCCAUCCUUCCGCAUUUUAUGUUUUGGCUUUUUAGAUUUUGUCAUUUAAGAAAACAGUAUGUUGUGCUUUUCAGUCCGCCUUAAUCAGUGUUAUUUGAUUGGCUGUUGAAUAGCUUACUAUUUAUUGUUUGUUUAUUAUACUUACUGUUUAUCCUGACUUUCCUGACACAUAUAUUUCCAAGUAGGCUUACAGUGAACAUCAAAAUACAUUAAUAAAAUCAGAAUAAACAAUAUCAAAAAUAUAACAAGUUAUCAGGCUCCUUGUCACGGGGUGGUUGGUGGCCGAUGACCCUGUGGAAGGAGAAGAGAUGCUUCAGCUGGAACGGGAACAGGCUCCCGGUGUUAUCUUUACCUACCUGCCUGCCUCCCUCUCCUGGAAGAAUCCUUUCCACAUAGCAACCAGUGUCUUCCAGUGCGUUGCCCUUACCUUGAUCUUAAGGUUUUUCCUUAUGACAGUAUUUACAAUGGAAGCUUGAAAGGAGGGUGGAAAUGAAAGCUCAUGCCACAGUAUCAGUUUCACUUAUAUACAAAGAUUUGUCAUGGUUGGUCUUCUAGUCCAUUGUAAAUUGUACUGUGUAUGUUUGUGGUGACUAUAACAGAGAAAAACCUGCUGCCCUUCAACUAUUUACAGGCAAUCUUUUAUUUCAGGGAAGAAGUCUGAUGUCUAAUUUCAUGAUUUGUCCUAAACCUUGGAUUGUGUUAAGAAAUGCUUGAAGGCAGCCUAAAUCCAAUUUAUGCUUUUUAAGUAGCCAAAGUACACAGGCCGACACAGUAACUAGCAUACUUUUAAAGAAGCAGUACAGUGGUACCUCGGUUUGCAACCGCAAUCCGUUACGUGGAGGCGGUCGCUCAAAUUGCUCGCUCGCCGAUAGAGCACAUUUGCGCAGGCACGCGCUGCGCAGAUCGCUUCUGCGCAUCCGAGCACCGCGGAACCCGGAUGUAAACACUUCUGGGUCCGCGGUGGUCGGAAACCGAAGCGGUUGCAAACGGAGGCAGUCACAAACCAAGGUUUGACUGUAUUGGCUACUUCAGAAUUUUGAGAGCACAAAAUUCAGGGCAACAGACUUGGUUGUCUUGAUAGUAUUU